GACCAGCGGCGGUGACGAUCUGCGUUCAAGUUCUAAAAACAGUCGCCAGAGGUGGGGGCGAGUUCUGGUUGAGCGGCAUCAGUUUAAAAGUGCAUUAUUGGAUGCUUCCGGCGUGGCGGUAUUAGAAUUUGUAGAGAGUGACCAAAGUGACAAACUGGGGGACGCCGGGUCUGUUUUGGUCUCGUCUGUUUGUGACGGGGGCAAAUUAAUGGUUUAUUACAGGUUAUGGUGCGACAGUGACAAGUCACGGAAUAUGGAAUACGGUGUGAAUACCCUCUACAAAGUGUGAAAUGCCUGUUACCAAAGAAGAAAAUCAGUGUAAAUUUGAUGGAAAUGUGUGCAGUUAGAAAUGAAAAAUAUGAUGGAGUUUUCAGUCUAGAAAAGUGCAUUUAUCAAAUUAAGUCAAUAUAAAAAUAUGUGAAAAUGUUUGUUCUGUGAAGCUGCGACAAUCAAGUCAAGUUUGUUAAAAAAGUAAUUUUGAGAAAAAAAUAAAUCAAGAUGAAGCGAAACGAUACUCGAGAAGGAAAUUCUACGGCGACGACCGUGUACAGAAUAUUGCAGAGUCCGGCCCCGAUCUGCAUGUUCUACUUUGCUCACCCGUUCGGAAUUUCCUCCCCGGCCACGGUGUCCACUUCGAGCAAAUCCGUGACCACUACCAAGCAGCCACCACCGGCCCCGGCGGCCACCACAAAGUCGGAACAAAACCGAAAACCGGUUCCCCUUCCGGCGCCCAAGUACCAAGAACAGCGGCAACCUUCGAAGACGGAAAUUGUCCGCCAACGGCCGGACACCCGGGAUGGUGGUGGCGGCGGAGGUGGAACCAACGCUCCCGUUGGCCCGAAGAAAACCAACGGAAUGACCGCGGUGAGACCGGAAAAGGUGGUGCCCCCUCCGAAAGUCACCACUCCGGGACCCAAACCCGGUGAAAAUCGGGGCAAACUGAAGCGGUCCAAACAUUGCACCAACGUGUCGUCGUCGGUGGCCGAUCCGGCGGCGAAGGCCCCAGUGCCGCUGACGGUCAAACCGCACGCCAAAACGAAGAAACGGUCCAACGUGAUCGAGCUGGACCACCGGCAGACGCACCUGACGCCGUGGCCCAGCACCAUCUGGAAUCGGGACUUUUUGAUUCCGCCGCUGCUGCAGGUGCUGGCGAAGCAGCAUGGUCGCAAAAUACCGGACAUCGAGCAGAUUUUGCGCACCGUUCGAUCUGCCUGGAACACCCCGAAAUCUCAGCGCUCGCUUCUGCAGAGCCAGGACAGCCGCGACUCGUCCGCGUCCAACUGGGACCUAUCGAGCUCGUGCGAUAGCCACUACUGUGACCAGGGACGCCACUACGCCAGGAUGGGUGCCGGAACGUACGCCACCGUGAUGGGUGGCCCCGGGCCGGGGCUACUCCGGAGGCGUUACUCGGUGCCGGAAAUCAUCAUGAGGAAACACACUCUGGCCCAGCAGAAACCCACCGCCGAGGAGCUGCUACUGUGCGACACGAACCACAACACCAUUGGGGCGGCCAACAAGAACUCGUCCUGCUACCAGUCGCCGUGCCACAGCACCCCUAGUCCCCAACCUGGGCGGGGGCCGUUGACACGUGCCAGCAGCAAGCAGGGUUCACCCGUUCCCGCGACACCACCUCCCCGCAGUCAGCACCGGAAAUCGAUUACGAGGGCGGCCAGCAGCGUGGACGGUGGGGGAGCGGGAGGGAACCACGUGGCCACCACGGCCGGGCCUCCAUCGCCGCUAAUUUCGACCGGGUCCGAGUCGAAUUUGGCCGCGAUGAAGCAGCAACAGCAGCUGCGUCAAGGUGGUAUUAGUCGUAAUCAAAAGUGUAGUAGUGUAAAUGGUAUAAAUAGUAGCACGGGUGGGGUCAACGGGGUGGGAGGUGCCUUGGGUGGAGGAGUGGGGUCGGGGGCGGACUUUUCGAUGAGAAAAUCGACCCUGCUGCGACGGAUGUGGAGCAAAGAAAUGCGAAGGUACGACCGGUCCGGCAGUUGGUCACCACCGUUGAGACGGGCACCACGACGGAUCUACAGUAUUGAGAGUAUUCUACCGCCGGACGGGUUGUUGGGUGGUGAUGGGGGUAGUGGGGCCAGUAGCGACGGGAGUAGCUGCGUGACAACCUCGGCGACCUCGUGCAAGGAAUGUGCCAAGUUGGAGAGUCAGUACAACGGGAACGCGCGAACGGGCAAGUUGGUGGCCCAAGAAUCUCCGAAGCGGCUCCGGUUGGCGGCCUCGUUGAACAAUAUCAAUAAUAACCUUCAGAAGGUUGACUUUGUGGAGGGUGCGGAGGAAGAGGGAUUGAGUUGUGGCAGCACCCCAAACAGGAAUCUGAUAUCCAGUGAGGGUUUGGGGGACGACAGUGUGAGUGUAGCGACUACGAAGAGUUCUAAACCGGAGGUAUCCAGUACGACUGGGACCACUGCCAGCACGCCACUGAUACGGGCCCGCAAGCAUACGGAGAAGACGACCUCCAAAUCGAGAGGUUUCGUCUUCAUGAGUGGUGCAGCCACUAUUGCUCCAGCCUCCCCAAGUUGUGACGUAGAGUUGGACGAGGCAGAUCUCACCAGCAGCACCUCCUCUAUUGCGUCUCAGGCGUGUGCCAGGCCUGUCGGCGGCCUCACUGCUGGCAGCACUGGCACCAUCCUUGAAGCGACCGAAGAGGGCACGCUAAUCGAUAACGAAGACGACGACGGUGCCAGUACGAUUCUGAACGGCCAGGACAACGAAAGUGAGUUGAGCGAAUUUUUGCACGCGGAAGCCCAAUCGCAAAAUGAUUGUCAAGAUCCUGUGGCGGGCGGUGUUCAGCGUAAUCGUGAUUCUGAUGCUUAUGUACAUCCUCGAGAACGUGACAAGACUGCUGGUCGUGAUGCACCACCAGGACAAACUGAUGCAGUGAAGGUCACCGCCGCCGGUCAGUUCCCCCUGAAGAAGAAGCAAUCGCGUCGUGGCAGUAACGCCAGCAGUAGUGCCCUCAGUGCCGUGGACAGUAGUACGGACAGUGAAAGUGUGUACAAUGGUGCGAAAAAUGAUGACCGGCUCGACGAGUACAUCUCGAACCUCCUCGUAGACAACCUGAACAAUCUGCUCGACAACGCAAGAGAGGUCGUAACUGUGGUCGCUGGCUCCGCCGUAGACCAGAAGAAUAAUAACAAAGUGGUGGAAGUGGAACCAAAAUCGAUAGAGCAAGUUGAAGUCGUUGCUGCCGAACCAAGUGAGAUGAAGCAAAAGUCCGAGGGCAAGUACAUUGGCGGGGGAGGUGGCGUAGUGUGCAACUCCCCUCCAGAUCCGGGCAGUAAGCUCAAGCAUCAGCUCAGCAAGGACAAGGACAGUGAGAAGGAAAAUGAAGAUACCAUUAAUAACAAUCAGGGGACGACGACCAACGGCAAGGUCAACAUUAAUUACGUGCGCAAGAAGAACGGUUUCGGUGAGAAGAAACCCAACGCCAACGGGUUCUACCUGGUGUCCAAGAACGGGUCCCGGGACUCGGACGGACUACCCUCGGAGAUCGACCUGAACGGGAAGUACUACUUCCCCACGUACGGCGUCGAAACCGACCCCUCCGACCACACGGACAUCGCCUCCGAGCCAGAAGUGCAAAUAAUGGGCAAAAUCGGAACCGGCUCGAUCUACCGAGAAAACGUCAACGGACGGUACGGGAUCGUGCCGCGAAUCUCCGCGCUUCCCCGAACCGAAUCGAUGGAAGUACAACCGUCCUCGACCUCCGCCGAGGAAGAAUUCGACGAACUGCUCGAACGAAACGGAGGCUCCGACUCGGACACCCCCAGUCUGGUGGACAGUUUGGACGAGGUUGAGGUCGCUCCUCGACGACCCCGCAAAAAAUCCCUCGCCACACCGUCUCCAGCUCCAGCGGAACCGUCCGCAGCGGAGACAACCACCAAGACCGAGUCCACGACCAGCUCGGACAAGUCUCCGCGACACGAAAAGGGCGAAGCGUUCUUCGUGCCCAUUCAGGACCCGCAUGUGAUAAUCGACGAGCAUAUCGUAGUGGCCGAUGCGAUGCCGCUGCGGAUCAAAGAGCGACUCAACAACCGCCAGCGGUUGAUGAUCUGGCGUAAGGAGCAGGAGAGCUUGAAAAAGCACCGCAAGCUCAUGCGCAUGAUAGAGCAGAAGAAGUUUUACGGGGAACCUGCGAUCCAUGUGAUAUCGACUAUCGAUCGUGCCAUCAGCAGGAAGGAGUUCAUUCCACCGUCUGAAAAGAAGCGAGUUUUUGGACAGACGGCUGGACCGUUCACUCCGAAGGUGAACAAAACUAAAAAGAAGAACAGCGCACUAAGGACCGAGCUCGGUAUGCUGGAAUCGUACAAAAUCGACGCCAGAGGUAAUAUGCAAAUCCAGAACCCGGCCGCUGCAAGCCCCAGCGGUGCAACGACUAGCGGCAAAAAGGUCGCCAAAAGCCCGUGGGGCCAAGCAGCUGAACGCAGACAAACCAAGGUCGUCACCACAGAAGUGUAUGCCGCUCCGACACCAUCCGCCAAAUCAUCACUGCAAACUGCCACGACAUCGGCAUCGUCCUCCAAAACGCCCAAAAAGACUCCAAUCGACCCGCGCCGCAAGCAAGUGCUCAAAGAUGUCCAGCAGAUGACGCUGUACCAACAGCCAGACCUCACCCCGGAUAUCGAGCGAGGUCCACGGCGAAUGUACCAGAAGACCGAGAUUCAAGAAGGCGACAAACAUAUCGAAAUCCUGGAGAUUGUCGAGUGCGCCGACAGUGCUCCGGGAACGGCAGCUUACCACCGGAGGGCACCCCGAGUGCGUAGCGCCGGAAAUCGAUCGGCUAAACGGUCCAGAAUCCCUGUACCAAUCUACAAGUGGGGUCUAUACAGGAGGAAUAAUUACUCUCGCGAAAAUAGUCCUCUAACCGGGGCCGGAAGCAACCCGAAAGUCGAUCGCAUGAUCGCCGACCUGUUGAUCGAAGCGUUGAGCAAUCCAGAUGACGUCGGUGUCAAAUUCAUCAAGUCCCCGGAGGAACUCAAAGAAAAAACCAAACGAUCCCCGAACAAUCGUAAAACCAACCCCUCCAACAACGCCACAACUCCACGCCGUUCAGCCAACAGUGGCAAGUACACCCAACGCUUCGAGGUCAUCCCCGAGGAACGCAGCAGCGUCUCGGUGGGAUCCUCCACCGAAGAACUGUCCGCCAAUCGCAAAAAACACGCCUCCCCUCGCCGGGUCAGCUUCGAAGAAAACCACAAAAUCCUCAACCUGGACGAGUUCCAACCACCCAAAGCCACGACAACCACAACAACUCUGAGUCCCAAAAUGGCCGCCACCUCUCCAAAACCAUCCCCAAAGCCAUCGCCCAGCAAGUCGACGGCGGCCAAACCGGCAACCUCCACCUCACCCAAGGCACCCGCUCUCAAGAAGAACACCACCACGACGACGACCAGCCGCGGAAAGGCGGCCAUCCAGUCCGAGGUGGUCGAGGAGAAGGGCUGGAUCGGGUUCACCACCCAGCAUGAGGACCUGGCCACUCCGGUCAACGGCGGCGGCGUCGGCGACGGCGGCGAGGAAGAUGAAGUUCAAAAUCGGGCUCUAUUUGUUCAUAUAAUUUUCCAUACAAAUUUGGCAGCUCAUGCGCGUAGUAGAAAGAACCUUGUAAAAACGAUCAUCACUGGCAACACUGCACGCCACGACCACGUAGUAGAUCACUUCCAUCACCAUCAGAGUGUGAACAUUGCCGUGGGUGCCACGGCGACGGUGGCGACGGCGGAUGUGAGACGGACACUCACCGCCGGCUCGGUCACGUCCGUCGAUCGGAUCCGGUCCACGGUGGCCACAGUUGGAUCGGGGGAUUUGCAUGACAGCGGCAGUGUGGCCAACCACUUGGCAAUCACCGCAACCCGUAGACUGACCAGUGGUGAAUUUUCAGACGAAUCGUGCUUCACCGACAGUUUGAACACGAAACCAUCACCGAUGCGGAAGGUCCGCGAGCAGCUAACGAAUCCGGAGCACGAGUACAAAUCUACGGCCGAAUCUGUAAAAGAGGUAACCAACGCCAACGUAGAGAACCACCAUUGCGACUGUAGUGAGUCCAUCCUUCCCUACCGCCAGAUCCGCGAGGAGAACGCGUGGCACGUGUACGAAUCUGGAGAUUGUAAGGUGAUCCAGUCGAAGAUCGAGUACUACGAAACGUCAAUCCAUCGGACGCCCCUCACGGAAAAUGCGCAAGGAUUGUUUGGUCAUCUGGCGGAUCGAACACCGGAAUCUUUAAGAUCGGCACUCAUGAGAACCAACUUUGACAACAUGGAACUGGUUCGUCACGAACCAGCCAGGGUCGAUGAAGGCAGACUACAUCCGACCUCGUCGGAUACACUGGACAGUCGUCACAUCCCAGCGAUACCUGCGUUACGCACACCAGCGUUGAGCGAGGAACCGCCCAAAACGUCGGAAACCUGCAGCAGUUGCUGCUUCUGCAACCCAGAGCUGCACAAACACAACGGAAAUCCUCCCGACAGCUGCUUCUACUGCCAAGCCAAAGCACAUACCCCCAGCAAACACUUCCCGGCUCCUCCAACACCGCCGAACAUCCAAAUGUCCCCAAUUCCACCCUCACCCAAGACACCGAUCUUUGAGCUAACCCCAACUCCAACCCUGCAAGAGAUCCCACUCCCUAGCAAGAAGAAUCCCGAACCCCAACCUUCCACCCCCAAACCGGACAACCCCUCAGAAACGGCCAGCGGCGAGAACAUCCCCGGCACCAGCACAACCACCACCACUUCCACCUCAAUUAACGGCCUCUACACCGAGACUACGAAAAAGACUGAUCACACCCACACCAAGACCAAAACCAAAACCUCCGACACCGUCAGUACAAAGUGUUCCAAAACCAACGAAAAGAUCAAACGCUCCUACGUGCCAUCGACCGGACCAGACUCGGAACAUCCGCUGGAGGAACUCUCCAAGAAGCUGACCCGCAAAAAGUCCGAAACAACAGUCCUAAACCGGCCCAAAAAUAUCAACAACCUGCACCGACCUCCCACCGUGGUCCACACGGUCCAGAAGGAGGUCAAGAACGAACUCAAAACCCCCAUCAAGGUCCUGCCCAAAACGGCCAAAGAGUUCAGCAACCGCAAGGAACGCGACAAGCAGAUCACCCUGAACCUCCCGCUCGACCACGAACCCCCGCCGCCCCCCAAACAACCGACGGAAAAGUCCAAGACCACCCUCGGCUUCGAGAACCUCCACCGACCCCCGAAAGACCCCAAAACAAGGUGCGCCUCGUCCCAAAGCUACGACGAAACCACCACCUCCUCAAGCUCAACGGACACCAGCCCCAACUCGAGCCCCUUCAAGAAGUGCACCGCCGCGAACGGUUCCACCCCACUCCAACCGGCCGCCAGUCGCUGGAAGCACAACUCCGAGCGGAACCUGACCCAGCUGACCAUGCAGAAGAUCACCACGGCCAGCAAGUGGGGCAACAAGUGGCGCAAGGCUGCCCGCCAGCACGAACAUUCCCCGGCGCCGCCAUCAGGCCACCAGCAGCGUGGGGACAGCGGCCUGAGUCCCGUUCGGAGCAAUGGAGCAAGUGGGCAGAUGGGCGCCGGGACAAGUGCCGCGACGGCGACAACGAUGACACAGGCGGCCAGUGUGGCGGCGAUCGCGCCGUCCAGCAUCGUCGGAGGGAUCAGUCAGAGCACGUCGAACCAAGGUUGGACCGUAACGGUCGCGGGCAACUACAACCCGGACAUGGCCCCGGACGUGGAGAUGCGACUCAGUUUCCCCAAACAACAGACCCAAGUCAACGGUACCGGAGCAAACGGCGCCCUGCUCGGCAACGGUGGAAGUCCCGCACGGCGUGGUGCCAGCGGAAAACGUGCCCCAGCCAACGGGCAUCCGUCGCCGGUCAACGGACAUGGUGCCAUGAAUGGCCACGACACGCGCACGAAGCAGUACAUCGAGGACACGCACCACAUUCCGGGCCGGGGUGGCCAAAACUACGCCCUGCUAGACGACGACAGCUACGUGGGCGGAGGCAACGGCCGUGGGAAUGGUGGACGGGCCGCCCUGCCACCCCCUCCACCGCAACCCGGAUUGAACCCGAAGCGGACGCUGUCCCGGGCGGACGGGCAUGCUGGUGGCGGUGGCAAAGAUUAUCGUCUUCCCAAUGUUGGCACAUCGAACAACGUUCCCGGAAGACAGACCACAAAGAAGGGGAUCAAGGUAACAAUGGCAAUUGUGGCCUCGGCAACGACCAGAACCGUUGCCAAAAACUACCACAUGCUCUCCCAUCAGCACGAACACCAGCAGCAACAGCAGCAUCACUUCCAGCCGGCGAUGCUGCCGUCGAGUCCAAACUAUCCGUACUACCACCAUCAACAGCACCAGCAAUCGCUGUUGGCCGCUGCCGGCCAGGGUCCACCUCCGGGGACCACGACGACGACCAUGACCUCGAUGACCACCGGUGGAGCACGUGGUGGCGGCGGCGGCGGCGGUAGACAACGUGCCAGUUCCUUCCAAUCACUUCAUCAUCCCUCAUUGCAAAAUGGCCACGGCGGGGUCGGAGGUGGCAAGUACCCUCCCUCCAACUCGCACCAGCCGCGCUGUCAUGAUCCAUCAUCAGUCAUAGACUACGGAAGUAACGCAUUCUACGGUGGCCGCCGGAUGUCCCUGGACAGUCCCCACGGCAUGGUCGGCGCAGAUCUGUCCGUGAUGGGGAACGCGAUCGCCCCGGAGCACAAGCCCAAGGUGCCGACCAUGAGCGAGCGGGACCUAACGCGGAGGCACAACCCGUGCUACACCCGGAACCAGCCGUACUUUUCGUAGAUCUUCGUCGUUUGUUCGUUCGUUCAAGUUGUUUCGUUAGUUGUUCGUUCAGUCAAAGUUAUUGAUUCUCUUGUUUAGCAAAGUGAAGCAAAAUUUAAAAAAGUAAUUUUUUAAGGAAUUUUUUCUUCUGUAGCAUAGUCUAGUCAUUAUGUUUAACUAGUUGGGUUAUUACGUUUCGUGAAUGCCAUUUUACAGUAAUGAAACAAUGAAAUAUCAAAGUAUUAAAUUAGCUGGCAGCCACGUUCCACAGUUCAUGAGUAUUCCAGUGCAAAUAAAGAAAAUAUUUGAUCAAAUUUA